ACAGAACAGAAAGAAAGCUCUGUCUGUCUUCACCUAAAACCAACCAACCAAUUUUCUCACUCUCACUCACUCUCUCCCAAAUGGCCGAAAAUGAUUCUAACCCUCCUCCUCCUCCUCCUCCAGCCGCUUCACCGCCUCAGGAGCCUCCCGUGCCUCCGUCACUAUCAUCUGAGAAUGAUGCCAAAGCUGACGAUGUGAUUGAAGAGAAGGUGAAAGCUGAGGAGGUGCUUGUGGCUGAAGAUAAAGACGAAGUAAAAGGAGGUGAGGAGGCGGUUGUGGUUGAAGAGAAGGAGAAGGAGGAGGAGAAAGAGGAAGAGAAAGAGAAAGAGAAAAAGAAAGAAGAAGAGGUUACAGUAGGAGAGACAGAGAGCGAGUCGUUGAAGGAGGAGAGCAAUAGGGUUUCUGAUUCGGAGAGAAAGGGCAUCGAAGAGCUGAAGAAGGUGGUGAGGGAGGAGUUGGAGCGGAAGGAGGAAGGCGAAGUAUCCAUCUGGGGCGUCCCUCUCUUUAAGGAUCAGAGGACUGACGUCAUUCUUCUGAAGUUCCUGAGAGCGCGAGACUUGAGGGUGAAUGAUUCUCUUGUGAUGAUUCAGAACACUCUCCGAUGGAGAAAGGAGUUCGGCAUCGAUGCGCUUUUGGAGGAAGAUCUGGGAGAGGAGUUGGAAAAGGUGGUCUUCAUGCACGGCCAGGGAAGAGAGGGGCAUCCCGUCUGUUACAACGUCUACGGAGAGUUCCAAAACAAGGAGCUGUACCAAAAGGCCUUCUCCACCGAGGAAAACCGAACCAAGUUUCUCCGAUGGCGUAUUCAGCUGUUGGAGCGCAGCAUCAGGAACCUGGACUUCACUCCUGGAGGCAUCAACACCAUCUUCCAAGUCAAUGACCUCAAAAACUCUCCUGGCCCUGCCAAACGGGAACUUCGCAUUGCCACCAAACAAGCUUUGCAGUUGCUUCAGGACAACUAUCCCGAGUUCGUUGCCAAACAGGUCUUCAUCAAUGCCCCUUGGUGGUAUCUUGCAUUCAAUACCUUGAUCAGUCCCUUCUUGACUCCGAGGACCAAAAGCAAAUUUAUCUUUGCUGGACCAUCCAAGUCUCCCGAUACUCUUUUCAAGUAUAUUUCUCCUGAGCAAGUGCCGGUUCAGUAUGGUGGCCUCAGUGUAGACUUCUGCGACUGCAACCCCGAUUUCACCAUGUCUGAUCCUGUCACCGAAAUUCCUAUAAAGCCAACCACUAAGCAAACUGUCGAAAUUGCUAUCUAUGAGAAAUGCAUUAUCGUUUGGGAGCUGCGGGUGGUGGGCUGGGAGGUUACCUAUAACGCUGAAUUCAAGCCUGAUGCUAAAGAUGCAUAUACAGUUGUCAUACAGAAGGCCACAAAGAUGUCCCCCACCGAUGAACCAGUGGUUUCCAACAGCUUCAAAGUUGGUGAACUGGGGAAGUUAUUGCUCACCAUAGACAAUCCUACCUUGAAAAAUAAGAGGCUUCUUUACAGGUUCAAUAUCAAACCCUACUGUGAUUGAUCGAAAAUCACCUCUAGACUCUCCGGUGUAUUCGGUACUUGGAAGAAAUUUAACUUCAAGAGUGAGAAAUAUGCAAUGCAUGUUGCCUUUUGUUCUGCCCAUUCUUCGUCUAUAGUUUUGUUCGUGAGUCGUUUGCAGAUUGUCUUUUUCUAGUCUAAAUUGUUCUUUUAUUUUCUGGUGAUGAACAAUAUUGGGGAAGAGAGUAGCACAUGGAAUUGAAAUUAAAGUUGGUUUGUGAAAACACAUUUGUUACCAGAACUAUGUCCCACUUUGAUGGGUGAGCCAAACAACACGUAGGAAGGAAGUCUGCUUGUUAGAAGUUUCAAUGUAAAAUUUUGUUCCUGUACUUAUCUGGUGUGUGGAGUUUGGUUUUGGCCCAAUUCUGAGCAUUUUGCAUGUCAUAGAUUGUAAUAUAGAAGGAGUAAAUGAGAAGUAUGAUUGAUUUCUCUA